GAAAUGAAGAACCAAUCAAAAGACAUAGAGUUUAUUCUCCUAGGAUUGACAGAUGACCCACAAUUGCAAAUUGUGAUUUUCCUGUUUCUAUUUCUGAAUUACACAUUGAGCCUGAUAGGGAACUUAACCAUCAUCCUCCUCACCCUUCUGGACCUUCGCCUCAAGACACCAAUGUAUUUCUUUCUGCGUAAUUUCUCAUUUUUGGAAAUCCUAUUCAUUACAGUAUGUAUUCCAAGAUACCUGAUAACCAUUAUGACUGGGGAGAAAUCCAUUUCAUACAAUCUUUGUGCAGCUCAAUUAUUUUUUAUACUUUUACUGGGAGUUACAGAGUUUUACCUUCUAACUGCCAUGUCCUAUGACCGCUAUGUUGCCAUCUGUGCACCCUUGCAUUACCCAAUCAUUAUGAACAGCAAAGUGUGCUAUCAGCUUGUACUUGGCUCUUGGAUAACUGGAUUCCUAAUAAUCUUUCCUCCAAUAGCCAUGGGGCUCAAGCUGGAUUUCUGUGCUUCCAAAAUAAUUGAUCACUUUAUGUGUGAAACAUCUCCUAUCCUGCAGAUAUCCUGCACAGACACACAUGUCCUAGAAUUGAUGUCUUUUAUCUUAGCUGUAGUGACACUUGUGGUCACAUUGGUACUAGUGAUUCUGUCUUACACUUACAUCAUUAAGACCAUUCUGAAAUUCCCUUCUGCACAGCAAAGGACCAAAGCUUUUUCCACCUGUACUUCCCACAUGAUUGUUGUCUCCAUGACUUAUGGUAGCUGUAUCUUUAUGUAUAUUAAGCCAUCUGCCAAAGAAAGAGUAACUGUAUCCAAAGGUGUGGCUUUGCUGUACACCUCAGUUGCCCCUUUACUAAAUCCCUUCAUUUAUACCCUAAGGAACCAGCAGGUAAAAGAAGUCAUCUGGGAUAUGUUACAAAAGAUGUGGUGUUUUUCAAAACAAUAG